CAUUACUUUUGAAAUCUUUUGCUCACUCGCUCUUUGUUGUCAUCGCAGAUAGACCAGCUCGACCGACCCUUGACGCGACUAGCAAGGAGACAGCUGAAAUUCUCGGGAGCCUUCCGGUACAAGAUCGCGACUGGCGAUUAUUGUGUACAACUGCGAAGUUGCGAGAACAUCAGCUGAUUCCUGAGAACGCAAGUCUUCAAAGGGAGCCAGUAUACAAAGAACCAUCCGAGAAGCAGCAGGAACGAAUAGACAAGCGUCUUUCUAAGCAAACUCCUCGACAAAUUUCAGAUAUGACUUUUCUGAAGUCUGCCCCUAUCCUGAAGAUCAAACCAAAGGGUGGAACAGCGACGACUUCACCGGUUGUCGCUCAGAAGAGGAAGAGCGACGCGAUAGCUACACUUGUCGCGGACUCUUCCAAGAAGCUGGCCAAGACCACACAAGACAAGGGGAAGAAAGUCGUAAUUGAUCCACCUGUUCGAGCUCGCGACUUCCUGGCCAUGCAAGAGAAGUUCCUGGCUGAGAUUCCUUAUGAGGAUCUUGUUACGCGAUCUGCUGAACUGGCCGCGCAGUCAAUGGCUUUGUUCAUAAAAGCUGCGGCUACUCCUUCGAAGGAAGCCGACUCGCUGAAGAGGCAGAACGCUCAUUUUCAGGAGAAUAUAAAAAAGCUGAAGCAAGAAGUGGCGAGGAUGGAGAAAGAGCUCGAGGAACUCAGCAAGGCCAAGGAGAAGGAGCUCGAAGAACUCAGCAGGGCGAAGGAACAGGCGGAACUUGAAGUCAAGAAGUCGCAGGCAGCGAUCGUGGAGAUGGCCCGCGAUUUGGAGGCUGAGAAAGAGAAUGGGAAGAAGCAGUAUGAUCAGGCAGUGUCUGAUUAUAUCUAUACCACUCUUUCCAAAGUCCCAGACUUCGACUUUUCUCUUCUUGGAGCAGAAGCCGCUGAGAUGGCCGAGGCUUUUCGCGCCAUGUCGCCUACUCAGACUCAAGGUGGGGGAGGUAACCUUCUUGACGAGGUCGAGGGCGCACAAGCUGAAGAAGUCGAGAAUGAGGUCAUCAGCAAAGUCGCGGACGAGACUGCUCCGGAUGAGACUACUCCUGCUGCUCCAGAUGCUUAGUUAUCCUUAUGUUGUUUUUUAAUUUUACUUCUAUCUUCUUUUUUUUAUAUGCGGUACAAGGGUACUCGCGCUUAUGUACUUGGACGAAUUUACUUUUUGUUUUGGACAAAUUUCUAUCCUCGCGGGGAUAGCUAUCCUUUAACAUUUACGCAGUACACGGGUACUCGCGUUUUUAUAUAUAUUUGCGACUUCAAUUACAGCUUGGUGUAAUAAGUAGGAAUAUUUGCAAAGCUGGUAAAAUUUUUGAAAUUUAACAAGUAAUUUUAUUCA